UGUCGACGUACCACCUACGAUCCACUGGCACACUUGGGGCGCACGCCGAAAAUCGGUCGCGACGUUCCAACGCGUCCGCUCGUGGAAAGGGAAACUCGUCGCGCGAUCGAUGCCGUUGCCGAGUUUCCCGGGGCAACUGAACUAAUCGUUAGAUCGGUCAACGACGAUGCCUUUCACGACGGUCGACACAUCGUGAGUACCUCGCUUAAUCAAACCGUUCAACGCUCCAACCUUGUCUUCGUCAGGUGGGCGAUUUUCGGAAGGAGCGACUGUGCGCUCGUCGGAAAGCACACGCUCGCCACGGUGUCUGGCAUACACGGCCGCUUCCUCGACCUGCGGAGCGGACGAGUGCAGAUCGAGCGGUUCGAGGGUCCCGAACGAGGAGACGGUGCAUCCCGCGUCGCUGGACUCUCGGCGGUGUCGGUAUUCUCCCUGGUCGAGCGAAGAGCGAAUCCUAGAAUCACCGUGUUCUCGUACCCCGGAAUUAAAAGGAUCAGCCGGUGCGUCGACAGCGAGGAGGCGCACGGUUAUCUCUGCUGCGCUUUCGCCGGUACCGAGUACCUUCUCGGACAGACCACCUUCCCAGACUUCGAGCUGGUGCUAUGGCGCUGGAGAACCGGCGAACGAUUGACGUCGGUUCGCGCGGCGAACACCGUGGACGUCGAUCGCACGAUACUCGCAUGUUCCAUCGAUUCGGGACGAUUGGUAGCACGAUGCUGCACGAACGGCACUCUCUCUCUCUACCGCGUUCUAGCAUGUUCGGACCUGGUCCGACUAUUUCCCCUCGAGACUAUACCCCGCGAGACGAGCUCCGUUUCCUGGUCCCGCGACGGGACACUGCUGUGCUGCGACGAGGUCGGGAACCUCUGGUCCGUGGAGUUCGAGGAGGACGGGACGAGUCGAAUUCGUACGCUCGUUGAUAACCAAGUUGGUACGAGGAGGAAUUCCAUGGUGGUAGCUCACGGAGACGGAGCGCUGGUUUUCCAUCGAUCGAUCGAAGGAACUCACGCUCGAGCCACGUUUUAUAGGAAAUCGGGGGAUCGGACAUGGAGCGAGGUGUGCACGAGUUCCCUGCCUUGUUAUCCCAGUCACGCGGUGAGCGAUCCGCGUGAGGAGAAGAUCUUAAUUCUCGGGGAAAGGGAUCUCUACGAAAUUACCAACGCAUCGACCGAUCUUCGAAUCAAAUUACUGUCAGGCCACGCGGAUUACUCUACGAUCGCUCCGUUAUCGAACCACCGUUUCGUCGCUUUGGAUCGGUCCGAUCGAUUGCACGUGCUUGACGGAUCCACCGGAAGCGUCUCUUCGACAAAAUGUUUGACACACCAUGGCAAAGGUGGGUGUAGAAUAAAAAAGCUUGAGAACAAGGUUGAUCGUUUCGAUCGUUUCAGUGCUCGUUUAGCUCGUCACCCUUCGUUACCGAUCCUAGCGACUUGCAGCGUCACGGGAAAUUGCCUUCUCGUCGAAGGAACCUUGAAGAUCACGAGCUGCUUCCACCUUCAGAAGGAACCGUUGGAUCGCAUAGAGUUCUCCGAAACGGGUAGAGCACUUUGUGUCGGAAGUACUAAACUUGACCGACUGUUCAUCCUCUCCACGUUGAAUCCCGAGAGAAUUUCCUGGCUAAACAUCGGUCGGAAGGGGAAAUCGAAAGCGUUUGCGAUCCUCCUUCGUUUGCAGCCCGAUUUUACGGACGCCAGCCUGGAGGCUUUACCUUCAUUGCACCAAAUGCGAAAAGUCGACGUCCAUAAAUCUUCGAAUCACGCGAUAAUUACCUGUGGCUACGACGGUCUGGUGGUUUUGAGAGACUGCUCAGAACCGCGACGGGUGUUCGCUGUGUUCGCUGCACAUCACCGAGAACAGGGAGGUUGUCUACGCGCCAUCCUCGUCGGCAACACGAUCGUCUCGCUCGGCAGAAACGGAGAUCUGGUCGCUUGCAAGUUAUCUCACCGGAUCUUCGGUGGCAAAGGUGACAGUUCGAAACCUGACGUAACUGUCCGAUCGAAAACAACAGAUCGAGCGGAUACUCGAACGGCGGCGAAUAAUGAUCGAUCCGUAACAGAAGAGGAAUUGCAUUCUCCUCGCUCUGUUUUGGAUGACUGGCUAGAGUUGAAGCACAGAGUGAAAGAGCUGCUCGAUUCGAACGAGAAGCAGCCACCGCACGCUCGAUUACCGAUCGCGGAGUUCGAUCUCGAUCAAGAGGCUCGAGAACGCGAACUGCAAGCGGCUCGAUCGGAACACGAGUCGCUGUUGCGAAAGAUCGAGUACACGAUCGCGCUGCGAGAUCGAGCGAGCUCCUAUUUGCGCGAACAAUUCUUGGAACCUCUGAUCGUCCCGCGACGAAACGUCUUCUCCGUGUUCGGCCGGGCUAAGGUCGCCAACUAUCCGUUGCUCAAAACCGAUUCGCAAGCAGCGGAUCUCCGAGCUUGGAGUUGCUUCUCGGGGCAAAUGAGACAGCUCGUGAACAGGUUAGAGGAGGACAAUAAAGAAAAUCAAGAAAAGCUGUUUGAUGCGUCUCUCGAUCUGGGCUUUGUUGAAGUUCUCGAAGAGAAUAUUGAAGCGGAAGAGCGCGAACGUGAAUUACAGCUUUUUCAGGUUCGAUUCAACGAUCGCUUCGAGGAGUUACGAAGAGCGCGAAGAGAUCAGAAGAGGACGGCAAGGAAGCUUGCGGACGAUAUUCGCAGCUGUGUGGAUGAACUGAAGCGCGAAUUCGGCGCGGACGCAAAUACCGAAUCGAUCGAGAUUCCGCGUUGGGAUCGAAGUAGAUCGAACAGUAUCGAAGCGUCCGAUUCGAGCGACGAAUCUGUAAAUUCCCCAGAGAGCGAAGUCGGAGGAUCCUCGGCGGAAGAGGUCGAUUUCCGUCGAGAGGCGCUCGACCGAAUGAUGGACGGCCUCUUGGAGUUUAGAUUGAAAAGGAGAAGCGUUCAGAAGUCGUCCAACGCGGAACAAGAGUUUCCGACCGAAUCUUACGACCUCGCUAGUCAACGAGUCGAUCGAUCGAAGUACAAAACAUUGCUGGAAUCGGAGAUCGCUCGAGCUAAAGACGAAUUCCAAAGCGGCGCGGAGGCGUUCGACGAGCAACUGCGCGAGCUGAGCCUGGAGAAAAUACGAGUGGAGCGGUCGGUGCUCUCCGAGAGACUAUCCCGCGUUGGCACGAUUCUCGAUCAUCGAGGAAUCGUAAAACUGAGGCGGGAGAUUCGUCGCGCGAGCGAGGAUCUGUCCGCGGCGAGGACGAACGCGCGCAAGCUCGACGAGGAACGCGAACUGCUCGAAGCGGGCGUCGACCAGCUGAAGCAUCACUACGAAAGCGAACGCGAGCGGGACAAGUCUCUAGAACAGCUUCUGAUCGAUGCACGAUGCGAGCGAUCGAUCAGGCGUUAUCGCCCGAAGCCGAGGAUCGCGGAAGCGCGUUUCGCGUCCGUUACGCUUCUCGACGAGCUGGCUGCUUGCUUGACGAACGGACGGAGCUCCGAGAUUCUGCCGACGGAAUGGCUGGACUAUUUGCGAAGCGCGGACACUGUGCCAGAUGCGUUCCGUUCAGAGCCUGAACGUUGGCGCGCCGUUUGUCAACUCGGCAGACAGAAGCUGGAAGCGGAGACAAAGGUGAAAAGGAGCGCGAUCCAGUUGGCGGAAGCGGAAGACUCCGUGGCCUUUCUGCGAAACGCGUGCUGGAACGCUCGAGCCGCAAUUGAGAGACGAGAACGGGAAAUACGGGAUCUGCGGGAGGCUCUGCUGGAGAUUACGGAGAAUCGAGAGGUUCGGCUGGUCGCGAAGACGGGACAGUUGCAACGGCAACCCGAGGGAUGCCCGCGAUCCGACUGGCAGGACGCGAUUCUUGCUCCGCGGAGCGAGCUGGUUCGCGCGAAUCAGGCGAUCGUCGAAGCGGCGGAGAAAAGGCUGCUCGCCACGCGACGGCUCUCCGCGGAGGAAUGGCGUCACGCCCGGGCCAAAACGAUCGCGAAGGAGUCGCGGGAGCGCGCGAAGGACCUCGAUGCAGUCAAGGUGAGCAGAGCGAUGCUGGAGCCUCGAAACGAAACGACGAAGAAACCGGUCCGAAGUGUUCGGAAAAUAUCGCUCGUUCGAGAGACGAUCGAGAGACACUCGAAGAUAAAGAGACGAAGGAGAAAGAGCAAAGCGAGUCUGUCUUACGAGCAUCGUUUGGAUGCACUGAAGCUGUGCGCUUGCCCGACCCUCGCAAGAAAACUGUAAUGAGCGUCUGGUCGCGUCGCGCCGUCUGUCCUUGCAUCGUUUUCGUAUCAUUUGUCACUGCGUUUCGCAACGGGAUUUCCCGCUCAUCGUUGCCAAUCUGCUCGCGAUCCGGGGCUUUCCCGAUUCCCGCCUUAAGUUUUCCUCCUGCGAUCGAACGAACGCGUACGAUAACCGAGUGCAGAGGUUACGCGGCGUUAUCGGUCGUACGCGGCGAUUACCGCGCGGAUGCACCUCUCUUUUGUCCUCUCCGUGUCUCGGCGAGUCUCAACCUUGGAGAGGUGAAUCACGCGUUAACACGCAGUUUACGCUGUCCGCUCGACCAAUCGGCGAGUGCUACGGACCUCUGGUCCCGGCGGAUUAGCUCGUA